UUUGCAAGGCCAGUCUGAGAGGUGGGCAGUUCCUUGCUGGAAACCCGCCUCCUUGUCUGAAGCCUCACCUUUCUCCUUUCACCAAACCCAGCCUUAGACUCGGGCCGGCUGCUCGCCAGUGCGUUCCCUCUUCGCCAUGCCGGGUUCUGAGGCGCUCCUUGCGCUCUUGAUCUCGCCCCUUCUGCUUGCUUUGGCCCUUGUUCUCUCGAGCCCUUGGAGGCUCCUAGAUUCCCAGCCGCCUCUAGAUUUGUUGAGGGAGCUGAAGCAGCGGCAGCAAGACCUGAGUCGCCUGGCAGCCUCUGCCCAAGCGCGCGCUUCUCUACCCGCCGCAAGGCGCGCAGAGGUCGCAGAGCCUUUGGGUUGCGCGCAACUGAACGGCCUGAGCGAUGUGGGCGUGGUAGGUGCUGGCAUCACGAAGCUGGUGCUGAGGGCAGUUCUGUCGCCCGGUGGCGAGGAAAUCGCCCUGAAAUCCGUGCACUGGACAGGCGUCGACGUGAGUCGCUGUGUUCAACGCUACGGCCACGCGGAAGGUUGUUUCCAGCUCGCUGCUUACAAGCUGUUGAAGGAGACGAUUCUGCUGCAGACUCUGGAUCACGAAGGGAUCAUUAAGCUGCAUGGUCAAUGCUAUAAUAAUAGCCUAUAUCCUGAAAUGAAAGUGGUUUCCAUGCUGGAGCUUGGAACCCCUUUGGAGAUGAUUCAGCUUCUGCAGAUCCCCUGGGAAGAGCGAUUUAAAAUUUGUCUGGAUCUGGUAGAACUGCUCUAUUACUUGGCAAAUUCUCCUCUGGGUUCCAUUGCUCUUCUAGACUUCCAACCAAGGCAAUUUGUUAUGGUGAAUGGGCUCCUGAAAGUUACAGACCUGGAUGAUGUGAGCACUGAGGAGCUGUCUUGCAAAAGAGAUCAAGAUUGCAUUCUCAAAUUCCCCACAAAAACCUUCUUUCUCAAAUGUGCCAGCCAUAGGAAUUGUAAAGGAAUAAAUGAGAAACGGAAUCUUUUCAAUGCAUACAGGUAUUUCUUCACGUAUCUCUUACCUCAUACUGCACCUAUUGCUUUGCAACCAAUUCUGAAGGACAUCUUAAAUGCCACCGGUGAUUUACGAUAUGGAGCCAAUGAAACUUUACGAGCUUUCCAAAAAGUUUUGCAUUUGUACAAGUCAGGACUUUAUCUGCAGAAAAAGCCUUCUCACCUAAAAGAAUAUUUUGUUGUAAAGGGAUUCUACAGUAUGGAUACAGAGGACUAUAAGUGUUGGCCUUCCUAUAGCCCUUUGAGAUGCAUGUUGUCGGUUCAUAAUGUAGAGGAAGCUGCCUCCAUUUGCAAUUACCAUCCACAGUGCCAACAUUUUAUCAUCACUUCACAGAGAACAUGGACAGGGCGUCCUCUUGCUAUUUUUCAAAGCAAUUUGACCUACUUAAUUCCAGGUAGUACCAUGGAGGUUUAUGUUAAACGAUCUGCAUCUACAAGAGGAAGUCUUUGAUUGAGAUGCUAGAGAAAACUUGGCAUUGUUACUGGGACUGAUGCUAUCAACACCAAUGGAUUACAUUAUUUCUGCUGUGAAGCAAUUAUCUACACUAGUUUUAUGUGAACAAAUAUUUCAAUAAUCAAAUCUCUUUAUUUAAGAACUUAUCCAACCCAGAAGCAUUUUGUAAACUGUUUCAUAAUUAUAACUAUGCAAGUCUCAAUUUCAGCCACCACUGGGAUUGGACAAAUCGGCUUCAUAUAUAUAUUCAAAUCUGUGUUCUAAUUUUUGUAUAUGUUUUAAAAAAGAAAAAGCAUGUAAAUGCAUUUAUUUUUCUAUGGAAUCGUCCUUCAGGGAUACAUUAAUAUAGGCUUUCUUUAAUAUAUACAUUUAUAUAGACACAAUUUUCCUUAAUUUAGAUACUGUACACUAUUUUAUAACAAGGCAAUGUGCAAUUGGGGAAAAACCCAAUUAAUUUGUGUAUUCUAAUUUAUUAAAUGUAUGCCGCCCACCUCCCAAUGACUCUGGGCAGCUGUUAGUCCAGGAAGUACAAAUUAAUGUCGAUAUACACUUGACAUUCUUUACAGUUUGGGGUAGAUAUUUCUUUCUGGAUAUGUUUAUGUAACAUAUAUUUUUAAUAUUUAUUUUUUCUUCCAUUCAAUUGUGUCCAACUCUCAGAGACUCGCUGGACAAGUCCCUGGAGUUUUCCUGGCAAGGUUGUUCAGAAGUGAUCUGUCAUUGCUUCCUUCCUAGGGCUGAGAGAAUAACUGGCCCAAGGUAAUGCAGCUGGUUGUGUGCCUUAGGCGGGAAUAGAAGUCAGUCUCCUCAUUCCUAGCCUGAUGCCUUAACCAUUCUAUCAAACUGGUUGUUUCUGUAAUAUUUAACUUUAUCUAGAUAUGGUUGAGCCAAGUGCAAAUGCACGCAGAAAGGUUUACCAGUAGCUAAGUAACAAUUUAUCAUUUUCAGCAACAUUAUUCUAGUACUACUAUUCUAGUUCAGGUUUUAAUAUGUCCUUUUAAUUUCCACCCAUUUCCUUGGGUAUAAGGAAACUGUCCUGACAACUUUCAAGACAGAUUUUUAAAACACAUCUGUAAACUAGAAAUCUUUACAUUUUAACAACACUGGCAGCAAAUUCCUGUGCCUCCCCAUCCUUACAUCUUGCCAGAAGCCAAAUUAAAGUUUGAAUUGUGCUCAGCCUCUUUUAUUUUCUUUCUGUCUCACAGGCAUGUUUAUCUAAUUUAAACUGCCCUUGAGGAGAGAGAGUUAAACCUUUUGUUAAAACUGCUAAUGACACCUUUGAAGGAUAAAUAUUUCCAAAUCACUGUUUUCAUUUACCCUGUUUUCCCUAACAAAAGAUAUUUUAAGGGACUUUGCAUCUGAUUAGUUAAAUUUCCAGCAUUUAUUCUGGCUAAAUUAACUUUUUCCAGUUUCAAACUUUAAAAUAAUAGCUUGAACCUAUUGUUAUUGAAUAAUGUAGCCCACAAAAAGAAAAAAUGGAGACAUCAUUUUAUAUAAUAUUGUUUUGAUUAUUUUAAUUAAGUGUGAUAUGUUUAAAGUUUUGUACUAAUCUUGAAGGUUGUUCAGUAUUACUUUCAGUGAAAGAAAUCCUGCUGAGCAAAAUGUUCAAUAACUUGUAUGCAUAUCUGUGAGAUUUUUUAAAAAUAUAUUUUUCAUUCUGAUCAUGGAUUGUUGUCCCUUUAAAAAUGUUUCAUCUUUUUCUAUUUAAUAACUAAAAAUUUUAAGAUACAAUUGAAC